AUGAUGAAGACCAUGAUGAAGACCAUGCUCACAGCUGAGAGCAGCCUCAGCAGGGACAAACCUCAGUGUGAGAAUCAUCAGUGUAAUGAUUCUCCAUCUGUCGGACUUUAUUUUCUUCUCCAUCAGACGUUUCUGAAGUUGGCCAGAUGUAAAAGUGACGUGAAGUUAGACGGGAAGACAGCCAUCGUUACCGGAUCAAACACCGGCAUCGGUAAGACCACAGCGCUGGAACUGGCCCGGAGGGGGGCAAGGGUCAUCCUGGCCUGCCGGGACAAGCAGCGAGCCGAGGCCGCCGUCAAGGAAAUCAUCCGGGAGUCGGGGAACAGUCAGGUGAUCUUCAUGCAGCUCGACCUCGCCAGUCUCAAGUCAGUUCGCUCCUUUGCAGAAAACUUCCUCCGAACCGAAUCCAGACUGGAUCUGCUCAUCAACAACGCGGGUCUGCUGAACGGCGGGAAGACGGAGGACGGCUUCGGGAUGAUCUUCGGCGUCAACCACCUGGGUCACUUCCUGUUGACGGUGCUGCUGCUGGAGCGGCUGAAGGCGAGCGGGCCGAGCCGGGUGGUGAACGUCGCCUCCAGAGCCUACAAGUUCGGAAAGUUGGAUUUCAACUGUCUGACGACUCACAGAGAGCUGAGUCUGGGAAGCAGCGACUAUAAUCUGUUCCAGCGGUACGGACACAGCAAACUCUGCAACGUGCUGUUCACCUACGAGCUCGCCAAGAGGCUCCAGGGCAGCCAGGUCUCCUGCUUCUGCCUCCAUCCUGGCUUCAUAAAGACGGAGAUCGGUCGUAACACUCACUUCCUGUGGAAUCUGUUCGUGACUCCGUUCGUCUUCCUGUUCGCGAUGGAUUCGGAGUCCGGAGCUCAGACCACGCUGCACUGCGCGCUGCAGCCGGGAAUCGAACCCCUCAGCGGACGGUACUUCGAUAACUGCUCACCGGAGCCGAACAUGGAGCCGAAGGCGACGGACGACGCCUCCGCCAGGAAGCUGUGGGAGCUCAGCGAGACGUUCUGCGGCCUGGACUAGA